ACCCGGGAGGCAGAGGUUGCAGUGAGCCAAGAUUGCACCAUUGCACUCCAGCAUGGGUUACAGAGCGAGACUCUGUCUCAAAAAAAAAAAAAAAAGUGUAAAGUCUUAUGACUCCCAGUCCCAGGCUCAUUCAGCUGAACCACACCUGAUACCUUAAGGCCAUACUUUUUGCCACCAUCUUUGCAAACUUCAAACAAACAACAAACAAAUAAUAUAAUUUUGUUUGCUUUUGAGCUGGGAACAUAAUCCUUGGACUGCAUGUUCCGUGUCCUGUGGAGGAGGGAUUCGGAGACGGAGCUUUGUGUGUGUGGAGGAAUCCAUGCAUGGAGAGAUAUUGCAGGCGGAAGAAUGGAAGUGCAUGUACGCACCCAAACCCAAGGUUAUGCAAACUUGUAAUCUGUUUGAUUGCCCCAAGUGGAUUGCUAUGGAGGGGUCUCAGUGCAUGGUGACUUGUGGCUGAGGGUUACGGUACCGGGUUGUUGUGUGUAUUAACCACCGUGGAGAGCAUGUUGGGGGCUGCGAUCCACAACUGAAGUUACACGUCAAAGAAGAAUGUGUCAUUUCCAUCCCGUGUUAUAAACCAAAAGAAAAAAAGUCCAGUGGAAGCGAAAUUGCCUUGGCUGAAACAAGCACAAGAACUAGAAGAGACCAGAAUAGCAACAGAAGAACCAACGUUCUUCCGGGACCUUUUGUGGGAGUAAUCAGGGCAUAGCCAGUUAACAUGAUAUAUUUGCAUGCUGCCAUUAGUCACCAGGUUGACCCGGAAUUCCUUGGUUUAGGUCUGGGCAGCAUCCUCCUGAACAGCCUGAAGCAGACGGUGGUGACCCUGGCCAGCAGCACAGGCGUGCUGAGCACCGUGCAUUCAGCCUCCCAGGCCAUGCUGCAGAGUGGCUGGUCCGUGCUGCUGCCCACCACUGAGAAGCAGGCCCGGGCGCUCUCUGCUCUCCUGCCCUGCGCAGUUUCAGGCAAUGAAGUGAACAUAAGUCCAGGUCGUCGAUUCAUGAUUGAUCUUCUGGUGGGCAGCUUGAUGGCUGCUGGAGGGUUGGAGUCAGCCUUACAUGCAGCCAUUACUGCAGAGAUCCAGGAUAUUGAAGCCAAAAAAGAAGCACAGAAGGAAAAAGAAAUUGAUGAACAGGAAGCAAAUGCCUCAGCAUUUCAUAGAAACAGGACUCCAUUGGAUAAAGACCUUAUUAAUACGGGGAUCUGUGAGUCUUCUGGCAAACAGUGUUUGCCUCUGGUUCAGCUCAUACAACAGCGUCUUAGUCAAUGUGAAAGAAUGGUGAGCAUUGUUUUGGAAGGCCUGACUAGGAGGAGGUGGGAGAAGUCAGACUCAGCCUGUGAACAGAGACUAACUUUAGCAGAAGCCAAAACAGUCAGACAGUGUUGUCUAAAAAUGAUCAUUCAAGAAGAGUGA